AACCCAAAAAAAUCUCACGGGAAGACCGAUAAGAGCGCUACAGGCGCUGAUAGUGAAAAUCAUUAGUGAAAAAUCGAAAAUAGUUAAGCUACGACAAAUAAUCAAAUCCUUAUCUAUUAGCCAAUGAACGUCACCGCGCCUCAAGCGCGCUCUAGUGAAUCGUUUGUGAACGUGAGUCAAAUCACAUUAUGAGUAGUGGUGGUAAACAAGCAAAUCUGUGACCGCGAUAACCGGAAAGCAUCGUCGUCUCGACGGACAACUUACACGGGGACCAGUUUCACAAUCGUCGUCCAGUGUUUGGUAAAGUGUGCCCCCCGCAGGCAGGCAACGCAGAAAAAAAUGCCUUCUCCGCGUGAACCAGUGGACGCGCUGUACAAACAGCAAGACUUCUACAUCGGACUGUCGUUGGCCCUGUCCAGCAGUUUCUUCAUCGGUGCCAGCUUCAUCAUCAAGAAGAUCGGCCUGAUUCGGUUGUCCCGGGGUGGCUCAUCGGUGCGGGCCAGUGCCGGUGGGUUCGGCUACCUCAAGGAUUGGAUCUGGUGGGCCGGACUGAUUUGCAUGGGCAUCGGCGAGGCGGCCAAUUUCGCUGCCUAUGCCUUCGCACCGGCUUCCCUGGUGACGCCACUCGGAGCGCUGAGCGUCAUCGUAACGGCUGUGCUGGCUUCCAAGUUUCUCAAGGAACGCCUCAAUCUACUCGGUAAACUAGGGUGUUUCCUGUGCAUCAUCGGCUCCACUAUCAUCGUUAUCCAUUCGCCUAAGGAGGGCGAAAUCGAUGACCUAAAUCUGCUGCUGGAUAAGCUGCAGGAUCCGGCUUUCAUCACGUACGUGGUGAUCAUUCUGGCCUUGUCGCUGUUCAUCGGAUGUUGCUGUGGGCCCCGGUACGGUCACAAGAACGUGAUGGUCUACAUUCUGCUGUGCUCGGCCAUUGGCAGCCUUACGGUCAUGUCCUGUAAGGCUCUUGGCCUAGCCUUGAGGGACACCAUUUCCGGAAAGUCAAAUGAUUUCGGAAUGUGGCUGCCAUAUUUCCUGAUCAUCGUUACGGUGGUGUUCGUUGGUAUUCAGGUAAACUACUUGAACAAGGCGUUAGACAUCUUCAACACGAGUAUCGUAACGCCGAUCUACUACGUGAUCUUCACCACGCUAGUAAUCACGGCGUCGGCCAUCCUGUUCAAGGAGUGGGGUCGUAUGAAAGCCGAGGACAUCAUCGGCGACCUGUGCGGAUUCUUUGUGGUGAUCGUGGCGGUCAUACUGUUGAACGCCUUCCGCGAGAUGGACAUCAGUCUGAACGACGUUAAGGGUAUUAUGCGACCGAAGCGGGAACUUCUCAUGUCACACAAAACACAGUUUGACGAUUUCAUGACCGCCGAGACGGAGAGCAACGGGUCGCAGAAACACUACGGGACCGGAGACUAUCGGAACAUUUGAUAUCAGAAGCGGCCUUGAGCUUUGCGCGGGUGAGUUGUGCGUGUAUGAAUAUGUAUUUCUCGACAGCUUUAUUACUACUAGGUUUAAAUGUUAAGUGAGUUGAAUGCAGAAUAGAACUACAUUGAUAAU